AUGUCGCAAACUCAAUUACAGUCACCCGCAUCACAUGCAUCCACCGACUAUGAGAUCCAGGUUGAGAAGUUGUCUCUCGAGCCACUGAAUCAGGUUGGUGAUGCAGAGCAGCAUGGCGUCGCCGUCGAAGCCAAGUUCAUUACACCUCUUGAUCCGGUGAUAGAGACAUCGGAUGGGAAUCGGCUCCCUGCAGUUCCUGUUCACGAGGCACAUAAAAUCAACGUGCUGAAAGAUCGAGCAGAGCAACGAGAUAUUCGACGGCCUCCAGCUCCUCCACGUGGUCUCAGCAGGUUUCGCGAGUCUGAUAGUUCCGGCGACGGAUUUGAUCAGCAAACUCUUGUUCAAGAAGAGCGUACCCAAGAUUCGACUCGGCUGUCAGAUGCCAUUCCGCCAACCAGGACGCACCCGCUGUUUCCACCGUUACCCUUGUAUGGGCCUCCGUCAUUGCUCCGAAAGCUUCACUGCACGGUGUUUCGCAUCACGGCGUUCUACCUAUCGACAGCGUUUCUCGGUGUCAUCGUUCUAGGCUCUAUCUUCACUUCUCUGCCCCACCUGAUGAGUCGUGCCUGGUAUGGAAUGACAUUCCGUGAUCCUCAUCAUCGCCGGCCAUUCCGUGAAGAAGAGAAGCGACGAGCUGAGAUUCGCAAACAAGAAGAAACACAGUGGUCAAAGACCAAACGUCGGCGGCUUUCGGGAAUCGAAGGCUCAUUGGAGCCUUCUUCGUCACCUCCUGGAGAAGAUUACGAGCCUUUCGAGGGAGGGCCUGAUAAGUUGAUCUGUGAUGUUGGUUAUUAUGCUCGCAGGGUUGGCCUGGACGUUGAAGAAUUCAAGGUGCAAACCGAGGAUGGAUUCAUCCUUACUCUUUGGCACGUUUACAAUCCUAGAGAAUACGUUCCAGCAUCGAAAACAGAACGACGAGCUACAUCACCCGAUAUCUUCACUGACAAUGCAGACGGCCUUCAUCAACACGUCCAGUCACAAUACCGUGACGGUCAGAGAAGAUUUCCGGUUCUAUUGGUCCAUGGUCUUAUGCAAAGUGCUGGUGCAUAUUGUACGAAUGACGAUGAUAGCCUGGCAUUCUUCCUUUGCAAGUCUGGCUACGAUGUCUGGCUCGGAAACAACAGAUGUGGGUUCAAUCCGGAACAUACCUUGCUUCGAUACUCGGAUCCAAGGAUGUGGGCAUGGAAUAUCCGACAGAUGGGAGUCAUGGAUUUGCCCGCCUUUAUCUUUCGAGUCCUUCAAGAGACCGGAUUCGAGAAACUCGGUCUCGUAUGUCACAGUCAAGGAACCACCGAGACCUUCGUGGCUCUAGCCAAGGAGCAGCGACCAGACCUCGGAGACAGGAUCAGUGUCUUUUGUGCCCUUGCACCAGCCGUGUAUGCGGGGCCCCUCAUCGGGAAAAUGUAUUUCAAGUUCAUGCGUAUCAUCUCGCCCGGAAUGUUUCGCAUCUUCUUUGGAAUACACAGUUUCAUCCCGCUGAUGAUGACUAUGCACCGGGUGCUACCGGGGUCGCUUUAUGGGGCAAUGGGGUACCGAGUGUUCUCAUUCUUGUUCAAUUGGACCGACACACGAUGGGAUCGAGGCAUUCGUGAUCGUUUGUUUCAGUUCUCUCCGGUUUACGUAAGUUCGGAGAGUAUGCGCUGGUGGUUAGGACGAGAAUGCUUUGCCAAACAUAAGUGCAUCUUGUCCACCGAGGAGGAGGAUGACGAUGACUCGGUGGAAGAGAAAGAGGAAUCAGAAGCCCGCAGCUCCAACCGGACCAGAACGGCAUGGUACGACGAGCACGUUCCUCCCAUGGCACUUUGGAUCUGCGGUCGAGACGAACUAGUAGACGGCAGGCGCCUGCUCAGGAGAUUCGAAAGGAAGCGAGAACCCUAUGUCAACCUUGUCCAUACCAAGAUCAUUGAGGAGUAUGAGCAUUUGGAUGUCCUCUGGGCCAUGGAUUCAGUGGAUCAGGUUGGGAAGGAGGUCAGGCAGGUGCUCUGGCAAACCAUGCCGGAUGAUGCAAGGAAGAUUUGUCGAAAAGUUACUGGUACCCAGUGUGAUGUUUUACAAAGCGGGCAGGUCCUCGAGCAGAAGGAUAGGAAGCACCAAUGA